AUGACAGAUCAUCAACUCGAUUUCAACAUGGUGGCAUCAACUAAACUGUACGACUCAAAUUAUUGUAGGCUAUGUGGAGAAAAAAACGAAAAUGGAACUCAAAUUUUCGGAUCUAAAGAAAAUGCUUCAGAUUUAAGCCAACUUAUUAACAAAUAUCUACCAAUUAAGGUCGAAGACGAUAAGAAGUUUCCAACUUCGAUAUGCCCAGGGUGCCAUAUCCAACUGGAAACAACAAAAUUGUUCAUGGACUUAAUAGUAGAAGGUCAAGCUAAGCUAAGGUAUUUGCAUAAUUUGCAACAAAAGUCUUUAAAGCAACAGGAGGCUCAGGUUAAGCAGCUCCUCCAAGGAGUUCUUAUUUUGAAUGAUGAUGGGACAAUGCAACCAUUUGGAGAUGCAGAGGGAAAGCAACUCUUUAUACAAGUGCUUCCAGACAACAAACUCUAUCCAUCGACUCAUAACCUUGCAUUGAAAGCAUUGGGCUUAGAUAAACCAAAAAAAAAAGAGGCAGACCUCCCAAAAAAGAAACUCCACCAGUGGAAGAAAGAGAUGUCCAUGACAGCUCAGCUACCACAGAGGAAAAGGAAGAUGAAGAAAAUAUUGAAGAAGGUGGUCGUAGAAGAAGGAAGAUCAAGGCACCUCUGAGAUUUGUUGGAGUUGUAGAGGGUGAAGAGUUGGAAAAAUUAUUGGAAGAAGAAGGUGUUAUAGAGAAAGAUGAUUUGCCUGAGAUUGAUACAAGUGAAGUUAUUGGAAAACUGGUGAAUGAAGAUGGGGAACCAAUUGGGGAUGAUAUUGUUAUGAGUCAGAAACAGAAAACAAGACUUGCACUUGGUACAAUGAAAGAAAGGAAAAAAGAAAAAUAUCAAUGUGAUGUCUGUAGCAAUAGUUAUACAUCUUAUGGAAGAUACCAACAUCAUAUAAAAACACACAAAAUGCAGUACUACACUACCAAAGACAAAGAAUGUGAAUACAAAAGUGAGAAGCCUGAUGAAUUCGAUCAACAUCAGAAUGAAACUGAACAUUCUGACAUACAUUUUGUCGCCAAGGAUUUUAAAAAUAUUGAUCCUUCACAACCAUAUUUCCAAUUGCCUGAUAAGAAUGAUGAAAUUGAGUCAACUAAAAUCAGCGAGUCAAAGACACAUACUGUCAAUGAACAAAGUCAAACUACAGAGCAAUGUACUGAGAACUGGACACCCGGGAUAUUGAAAAAUACAACAAAUGUAUGUUCUACUUGUGGCAAAUCAUUCAGUUGUAAGCAAAAUUUACAGGUACAUGAAAGAUCUGUCCACAAGAUGAUAAGAUCAUUCGAAUGCAGCUACUGCGACAAAUCAUUCUCUUACGCGAACAGUUUGAAAGUGCACUUGAUGACCCACGCUUUUGAGACAAGAGAUAGUCCCACUCCAUAUAAGUGCACUUUGUGCGAGAAGGGGUUCUUAUACCAAAGCAGUUUGCUUUACCACAAGGAAACUGCACACAACAAUGGUAGAAAAUUUGCAUGCGUAAAGUGCGGCAAACGUUUCAAUCAUAAGCAAAGACUAGUGCGUCACCAAAUAGUCCAUAGCGACACGCGUCCAUUCGCAUGUAACGAGUGCAACUCGGCCUUCAAAACUCGAGCUAACUUGAAAAACCACCAGGCUGUCCACAGGGGAGAGAAGAGAUUCGUUUGUAAGAUUUGCGGACAAAAGUUCUCUUAUAAGUGAGUACUUUUCAAUAAAGAGUUGCAUGAAUUUUCCAGA